AUGGUGGAUGGAGGCGGCGGAACGGCGUUUCCUGUGGUGUUUUUUGAUGGGGAGAGGGAGAUGAACAUUGGGAGCGUAUAUAUCGACGCGGCGAUGCAGUACAAGCGGUUUCAGUUGAUGUUGAGCCACAAAAUCGGCAUCUCACCGAAUCAAAUCUCCAUUUAUCUCGUUGACCUGAAGAGGAAUUCUAAGUUCGAGGAUCGCCGGAGAAUUCCGAUUACUGGCAAGGUGAACUUUGCGUUUAUCUCUGGCGAAAAGGAUUGCUGCUUUCUCGUGGUGUUGAAGAGAUCGCGAAAAUCAAGAAACCGAAGGGUCAGAAUGAAUGGAUUGGAGUUUGCCGAUAACUUGCCGGAAUACGACUACUCACCGGAACCUGAACGGGAACAGGAACCUGAACUGGAGAAUUUAAUUUUGCUCCGUCGUAACGAACCGGUGCCGUUUUCCAAUCUGAUUAAACAAAUAGAGUUGGAGAAUUUGAACGAUCGGCUACAGAAUCGGAGGGUCCAGAGGGAGAAUUAUCAGACGCCAAUGGCGAGACCCAAUUUCAAUCCGGGAUUGGACAUGGACCCGAUUAUGGAUUUGAACUCGUACCCGAUGUUGUCGCAGAAUGUGAAUAAGAAGGCUUUCUGCAAAGAAUGUGUGAACUGGAAAAAUAACGGAGAAGCGGCGUCGUUUCAUCUAUGUGUAAAUGACCCGGUAACCAAUCAGUUUCGAACCCGGUUCGGUCCGAUAUCUCGGCCCAUUAAAUGA